GAAGUAGCUGCAGCCGAUCGCGAGGGUCCGGGAAAAAGCGAAGAAAGUGGGGGCGAACCCGAGGGCCUCCGGGGAAGUUUUAGCCAUCAUGACCACCGUCCAAGCCUCGACGGAUCUUCCCCUGCGGGGUGUAUCUCCCACUCCUAGCAAGAUCCCUGUGCGGUCCCAGAGACGCACACCUCUCCUCAGGGGCAAGCCCUGCGCCCUAAAUCAGGAGAACCAAGACCCAAAGCAGAGAAGGAUGCAGAAGCCCCCACUCAGUCUCCAACAUCCCCUUGCUGGCCCAGCAGGACCCAAGCCUAAAGCCACCAGCCAAACGGAGAAAUCAGAGAGAUGGGUGAAGAGCGCUCAGCUUCGGAACCCCCUGGAGGAGCUCAAGCUAAGCCCUGAGGGACGAAAUGUGGGGCCUGGGCCUCCUCCCCACAAAGAGGCUCCUGGGGCCAUUGAGUUUGUGGCUGACCCUGCAGCCCUGGCCACCAUCCUGUCAGGUGAGGGGGUGAAGAGCUGUUACCUAGGACGCCAGCCCAGUCUGGCUCAAAGAGUGCUGGUUCGAGGGAGCCAGCAAAGUGCCCUCCAGAGGGGUCAGGGUGCUCGGGCCUCUGCGUAUUUGGCCCCCAGAACUCCCAGCCACUGCAUGGACCCUGCCAGGGCCUCCUGCUUCUCCAGGCUGGAGGGGCCAGGAACCCGUGGCAAGACCUUGUGCCCCAGGAAGCUGGAGACUCUGGUUCCACCUUCAGGACCAUCCUUUCACUCUUCCACUCGCCCUAGUUUCCUGGAGUUAAGGAGAGUAACAGGUGGCAGCAACCGGACAUCAGUGCACCUGGCCCCAGCAUUGCCCCUGGAGAGCCCAGCCCAGCCUGCAUCCUUUCUGCCCGAAGGAGAAUAUGAGACUGUCACUCAGUCAGAUGAAGGCAGAGGAAGCUCCCUCGGUCUGGCCCAGCGGGUACCAUUAAAAGGAACUAGGGGGAGCCAUGAUGCUCACCUACUGCCCUCCCCUGGCCAAGUGGCGCCACCUGCGGAUGUCCGCCCUUCCCCCUUUGGACAGGCUCAGCGUGUACAGUCUCCCUACCCCUCAGCUCCGACCUCCUAUUCAGUGUUGCGGUGUCUCACCCUUCGCCCCAAAGCCCAGUUCACACCCAUCCCGUCAGCCCCCAGAGUGCAGCAGGGCCAGUGGGUGCAUGGUCCCUCCCCUCAGACCUGCGCUGAACCGGAAGAGCCUGUCCUGCCUUGGGAGCAGAUUGCAGUACAGUUGUUUGACCAGGAGAGUUCCACAGGGGUGCUGGAGGAGCCUGCGAAAGACCCUGUGGGUCCUAAUGGACUCCCCCCAAACAGAACCCCUGACCUUCAGGAGCUGAAGAUGCAGCGCAUCAGUAUCCUGCAGCAGCUGCUGCGGCGGGAAGUGGAGGGGCUGCUGGGGAACAAGUGUGCCCCCCUUCAAGGAACCUGCUCACUGGAUCUGGCUGAACUUCACCCCCCGCUGACUGACGUUGCUAGAACGCUGAACGUCCCACAGCAUAAUCAUGGGACAUCACACCUUCCUGGACCCAUACCGCACUCUGAGCCACCAAAGGCCUGCCUUCCUGAGGAGGGGGGCCGGCCACAGCCCUGCCCUCCAGCAGAGCCAGGCAUCCCAGACUCUUGCCAUAGGAGGGAGUCUGAGAUACCAGAACUCUCCCCCCAACAGCAACCUAGGGUCCCAGAGCCCUCCCAACCCAAACAGCAUGGGGUACCAGAACUAUCAGCUCAACAGCAGCCUGGGGUACCAGAGACCUUCCCCCAAGAACAGCCUGGGGUACCAGAGCCCUCCCCCUCAAAGCAGCAUGGGGUAUCAGAUCCCUGCCCCCCAGAACAGCUUGGGGUUUCAAAGCCCUCCCUCCAACAGCAGCUGGGGGUAUCAGAUCCCUGCCCCCCAGAACAGCUUGGGGUUUCAAAGCCCUCCCUCCAACAGCAGCUGGGGGUACCAGAGCCCUGCCCUCCAGCAGAGCCUGAACCCCUUCAGCCCAGACUCCAAGGGAAGACUCCAGUCCCUGAACCCCACCUUAGGGUUGAGCCUGCCAUGGCAGAGGCCAACCCCGUGGAACCUUGCAGUGCCCAGUCCCUUCAACAGCCCUGCAGUAAGCGGUGUGCUCCAGUGCCCCCCAGCCUGAUCUCUUCCCAACGCCCACCCUGUGCCAACCCUCCUAUCCACUCCAUCCAGUGUUUGAGGCCCCCAUCUGGCCGGCCAGGCCCCAGUAGUCUGGCCCCUCAAACCCUGGCCCUGAGGCAGCGGCUCAGAGCAUGUUUGAGUGCCAUCCGCGGCUUCCACGAGGCCCGCCUGGAUGAUGAGUGUGCCUUCUACACCAGUCGAGCGCCUCCCUCAGGCCCCCCGAGGGCCUGCACCAACCCUGUGGCUACAUUACUGGAGUGGCAGGACACCCUGUGUUUUAUUCCAGUUGGUUCCGCUGCCUCUCCGGGCACUCCAGCAUAAGCCACCGCCUCCCUCAGCCCUGCCUUGAUCCUUUCCUUUAGCCCAUAUUUAUUGUCAGGCUCCUCUCACACCCGAAUAGGGCUGCAAGCCCCACAUUCCUUUAUCCUUCAAUAAAGU